CCCACUGGCGACUGAGCAAUGAAGAAGGGCGGCAGAGUUGGCGCUACCUGGAGGCUGGCGAGGAAUGUGAGCGAGAGCAGAGCGGGCUGGAGGCUCACUGCCUAGGCUUGGACACGAGUAAGUUCUUCAAGGCCUUGCCCCAGGCCCGCACGGCCCAGGAAGCAGCGCUGAAUGGGAUGAAGUUUUACUCUGGCCUGCAGGCGGAGGAUGGGCACUGGGCCGGCGACUACGGGGGGCCCCUCUUCCUGCUGCCAGGUUUCCUGAUCACCUGCCAGGUUGCCAAGAUCCCACUGCCAGAAGGUUACAGGAGGGAGAUGGUGCGUUACCUGCGCUCGAUGCAGCUCCCGGACGGAGGCUGGGGCUUGCACGUGGAAGACAAAUCGACAGUGUUUGGCACAGCGCUCAACUACACAUCCCUGAGGAUUCUGGGGGUGGGGCCGGAUGACCCGGACCUCGUGAGGGCUCGGAUCAACCUCCACAGCAAAGGUGGUGCUGUGGGAAUCCCGUCGUGGGGGAAGUUUUGGCUGGCCGUCUUGAACGUUUACAGCUGGGAGGGAAUGAACACGCUGUUCCCUGAGCUGUGGCUGCUCCCGGCCUGGAUGCCAGCCCACCCCUCCACGCUCUGGUGCCACUGCCGCCAGGUGUACCUGCCGAUGAGCUACUGCUACGCCACGCGCCUGACUGCCGAGGAGGAUGAGCUUGUCCAGAGCCUCCGACAGGAGCUGUAUGUCCAGGACUACUCCAGCAUUGACUGGCCGGCCCAGAGGAAUAACGUGGCUGCCUGCGAUCUCAACACCCCACACAGCUGGCUGCUCACACUUGCCAAUGCCAUCCUGAACGUGUACGAAGCCCACCACAGCGCCCGGCUGAGGCAGCGAGCCAUCGCGGAGCUGUAUGACCACAUCAAGGCUGACGACAGAUUCACCAAGGCCAUCAGCAUUGGCCCGGUUUCCAAGACCAUUAACAUGCUGGUUCGCUGGUCCGUGGAGGGGGAGAGCUCUCCAGCCUUUCAGGAGCAUGUCUCCAGGAUCCCUGAUUACCUCUGGCUGGGACUGGACGGCAUGAAGAUGCAGAGCACCAACGGAUCCCAGCUCUGGGACACAGCGUUUGCCGUCCAAGCCUUCCUGGAGGCUGGUGCUCAGAACGACCCGGCAUUCGCUUCCUGUCUGAGGCAGGCCCAUGAGUUCCUCAAAAUCACCCAGAUUCCGGAGAACCCGCCCGACUACCAGAAGUACUAUCGCCACAUGAGCAAGGGUGGAUUCCCCUUCAGCACCCGUGACUGCGGCUGGAUUGCGGCUGACUGCACUGCGGAGGGGCUGAAAUCAGUGAUGCUGCUACAGGAGAAGUGUCCCUUCAUAGCAGAGCAUGUCCCCACGGGGCGCCUCUUUGAUGCUCUGAAUGUGUUGCUGAGCAUGAGGAAUCCUGAUGGAGGCUUUGCGACGUACGAAACCAAGCGGGGGAGCCCGCUGCUGGAGCUCCUGAACCCCUCGGAGGUGUUUGGUGACAUCAUGAUAGACUACUGCUACGUGGAGUGCACGUCGGCCGUCGUGCAGGCACUGAAGCACUUCCACGAGGCCUUCCCCGAGCACCGGGCCCGGGAGGUCAGAGAGACGCUGCGCAAGGGCCUGGAGUACUGCCGCAGGGUGCAGAGAGCUGACGGCUCAUGGGAAGGGAGCUGGGGCGUGUGCUUUACCUACGGCACCUGGUUCGGGCUGGAGGCCUUCGCCUGUCUGGAGCACACCUACCAGAACGGAGCCGCAUGCUGGGAGGUGGCCCAGGCCUGCCGGUUCCUGGUCUCCAAGCAGAUGGAGGAUGGUGGCUGGGGAGAGGACUUGGAGUCCUGUGAUCAGCACGGAUACGUGCAGAGCUCCACCUCCCAGAUCCACAACACCUGCUGGGCCCUGCUGGGGCUCAUGGCCGUCAGAUACCCGGACGUUGGGGUGCUGGAAAAGGGGAUCAAGGUUUUGAUUGACAAGCAGCUGCCCAAUGGUGAUUGGCCUCAGGAGAACAUCUCUGGGCUGUUCAACAAGUCCUGUGCAAUCAGCUACACCUCCUACCGCAACGUCUUCCCCAUCUGGGCCCUGGGGCGCUUUGCACGCCUGCACCCCGGCAGCGCCCUUGCUGGCAAGCUGCAGCCCAGGUCCUUGCACAGCGAAGAGGAGAUCCUGGCUGGAGGGAAGCGGGAUGGGGUUCUGUCAGGGUCCCCCUCUGCCUGAGCCUGGGCCCUGCCCACGCCCCAUGGCAGGCCUGCAGCCUCAGUGACACCCGAGCUGGAUUUGCUUGGCUACAAGGCUCUUUACGGGAGGCCAGCAGGCCCUGGCGCUGUGUCGUGGUCCAUGAGGACUCUGCACAUUGAUUCUAGCUCCAGGCCUACGUGUGGGCUUGGAGGGGGCAGCGAGUGUGUGGGCACUGGCUGGCUUACAGUCAAACGUGCUGUACGUCUGGGGCUUGGCUUGAAUGGACCCCUCUUCCCGGAUCCAUUGUGUAAAAGGCUGUGUGUCUGCAGGUGAACGCUGCCUCACAGGACAGGCUGCUGGGGGGUGACGAAGUGGGAAUGUUCUUAAUGUUUCCUCUGAAUACUGUGUGGGUGCCUCAGUUUCCCCUAUGCCUUUCUUAAGUAUCUAG